GUAGUACGUCAUGCAGACACUAGUUUCGCUACUGCACUAUAAUAUACGCGUCAUCGAAACAAUUUGGCAGCAGCUGGUUGUAGCAUGACUGUUGCUGUUAUUACUACGUAGGAUAAUGGACGUGGACGAUUCUUUAGAUCCAAAAGAAUUAAAAAUUACUCUCGAAACAUACAAAAAGUUGGCAAAUGAUAUUGCAAACCACGACACGAUCUUAAAGGAUAAAACAGUUUUAUCGUACGUAGCAUACGUCUUAGAAGUACCCGAUUUCGAGAUUGUUAAUUUAGGUUUAGAUAUUUUGGAAAUGUUUGUUAAAAAUGUGGAUAAUUAUGUACAUAUAACCUCUACUUUUGGAAUUCGUGAAGCCUUAGAUGCAAUUAUAAAUAAGUACAGUGUAGAUGACCCAAAGAUAUCUAAACGGGCACAAUGUAUAAAAGAUGAUAUAGAAAGAAUGAAACCUCCAAUAUACAAUUUACGCAGCAGAUGUAGGAGAGUUAUAGAACCCAAAAAGUUAAAAACUCAUGUAAUUGUGUUACAUGUUCAAGGCUUAUUACCGGAAACCCAUGCAGAAUUAGAGGGAAUAUUAAUAAGAAUCAAUGGAUUAGUUUCCCUUGUAGUUGAUGUAGAACAUCAACGAGUUACAAUGCGUACAUUAAGUUAUGUCACAGCAAAACAAAUUGCAGAAGCAAUUCAAAAAAAUUCAGACGAUAUGGAAGCAAGAUUAGUGACAAGAAAUAAAUUGAAUCAAGAAUAUCUUGUUAAACUGAUCAAUACAGGAACCAAUGGUGAUGCUGAAGAUAUGCCGAAUUACUUACCUGAAGAUGAUGAUCCAGAAGAUGAAAAAGAGGGAGUUGUUUCAUUACUUACUGGCUUAAGACAAAGUGCUUCAUCAUUAUACAAAUCCACUGCUGAAUUUCUUCAUAAUUCAUUUUACUGGUAA